AUGUCCCCUGACAGAACCCUCUCCUCCCCGUCCCUCCCCAGCAACAAGCCCGGCACAAUCCUCCUCGAAACGACCAACCUCAUCAUCCGCCGCUGGGACCCUUCCUCCGACGCCCCCGCCCUCGCCAAAGCCGCAAACCACCCGUCCAUCACGCUCAACCUGCGCGACCGCUUCCCCAUGCCCUACACCCUGUCCGACGCCGAGCACUAUCUCAGGAACUACGUCCCCCCCCUCCUCAUAGGCGGCGCAGGCCUCGAACAAAAAGGCGACGUCUACUACCGCACCUGGGAACUCGGCUACUGGUUCACCCCGUCCGCCUGGGGAAAAGGCUACGCCACCGAGCUCGUCAAGGCCCUCGUCCCCUGGGCCUUUGCGACCUGGCCCCGGCUCAACCGCAUCGAGGCCAUGGCGUACGACCGCAACGAGGCCAGCAAGGCCGUCCUGAAGAAGGCCGGCUUCACGCUCGAGGGCGUCAGGAGGGGCGCGGUGGAGAAGAAUGGGGAGCUGCUGGAUGAGUCCAUCAUGGGGAUUGUGAGGAGCGACAUUGAGGAGCGGUUGGCGAAUUUGCUGAAGAACUGA